AUAGAGUCCACCCUGCAGAUCGCUCUCAAGUCAGACAACGGUGAGCUAGCCGCCAAGAAUAUCGGCGCUUACGAGCAGGCCUCGCAUUUCCUCAUUGGUUUCUACUUCAUUAACCAUGUAAGUCAGUCGUUCUAAUUCUUUGCUGCCAAAUUUCAUGUCCUUAGCGUCACAAACUCCCCGGCGAAUACUCGACCCUCGAAAAUGGUGCCCUUCUCUUCGGCUGUGAGGGUACGAAUCUGUUGUUUGACAUGGCUACCAUGCACAAAGCUGUCGGAUUCGACAAGGAGGCCGGAAAGAUACAACGUACCGCGACUGACGAGGUCCUCUGGGAUGGAAUCGUCAAGAUGAGCAACUCCGUUGCGAAGAGCACCCCGUCCGACUGGACCGCAGUCUUCCAACGGGAGGUAGACCGGCAAUUUGCGCUCGACGAGGGCCUACAUGACAACUCGGCGUUCCACAUGCGGGUACCUAUGAUAUCUUCCAUCGGUGACUAUCACGCUAUGGAUAUCCUCAAUCCGUUUGUCCCUGAGACAGGCGCGCUCGCCGAUGAAUUGGCCGUCCUAGGACAAUAUCACACCAUCCGGGUCACCCAUCCGCUUAUCGUCCCUAUAUGCUGGCAAUACGCCGGUCGGAUUAACUUUUCGUGGUCUUCGGGGCGGAAAUGGCUCUCGCAGGAGAAUAUGGAUUUAUAUGCUGGGAUAUUCAAGGAGUGGCUGGAUAUCUGUAUUGGUAAGUUGUAGAUGUAAGGUGUUGAACUGUUUGGAAUCAUUAGAUAUGACAUGGAAAUAAUGGAAUGUAGGUAUGAUUUGAAUACUGUACUAUAUAACAUUGUGUCUC